AUGUUUCGAUUUAGUUCCUUCCAUCCUUCCUAUCUAUCUAUCUAUCUAUCUCAAUCUGUUCCAAUAUGUUCACAUCUAUCUAUCUAUCUAUUGAUUAAUAAAUCGGCACAUGUCUUUUUUAUAUCUGAGGCUAAUGCAUCCAUCUACAUGACAAUCUAUCUAUCUAUCUAUCUAUCUAUCUAUCUAUCUAUCUAUCUAUCUAUCUAUCAGCGUGUUAAUUUCUUUCUUUCUUUCUUUCUUUCUUUAUUUUUAUCUAUCUAUCAGCGUGUUCAUAUCUAUCUAUCUAUCUAUCUAUCUAUCUGUCUGUCUUCGCAGCUGCUUUCAAUCUCUCUCUAUCUCUUUCUUAAACUUUCUCUCUCACUCUCUCUCUCUUUCUCUCUCUCUCUCUGCUUUGUCCCGUCUCUCUCUCUCUCUCCAACUCUCUCUCACCGACACAGUCGCUUCCACUCUGUUACCUACUCUAUCUCUCUGUCUCCUCACUCUGUAACACACCGUCUCUCCUCACUCUCACUCUCCAACUCUCUCUCUCUCUCUCUCUCUGCUUUUCUUCUCAACUUUCUUGUUUAUUGGGUCUCAUUCUUUUUUUUCCUGCUGCUACUGAGAUCUAUUUUUUAG